AUGGCGAAAAAGAAGACGAAAACGAUUGAAACAGAGCCUGUAAAUUAUUGGAAUAUACUUUAUUGGACAUUUAUAUUUGUUUUAGGUACGUUUUUAAGAAAAUUUUUCUGAGAUCGUGUCUUUACAACUGAAGUAUUACUGUAAAUUAUUUCAGCGGCUGGCAUAUCAAUUGGGCAUUCAAUUUACCUUUAUACUUUGUUUGAGAAUGAUCGAUUCUUUUCGCAUUUAUCGGAUUUGGAAAGGGAAAUGUCGUAUAGGACGGAGAUGGUAAGUUAAUUUAAUUUUUUUGUGUUCAAUGUUUAGAUAUCCCGAAUUCAUUUUACACAGGUCUUUUUCAAAGUUUAAAGAGUGUGUUCUUAAGGGACUCUACUUUUCCUACUACAAACGAAUUGUGAAUGCUCCAAGUUUUCUGGAUGGACUAAAGAGUAUAAUGUAUGAUGACAGAAUUGAAGCCGGCCAUACAAUAAAUGCCUUACAAAGGUUCAAUUUAUAUCCAGAAGUUUAUCUAGGAGGGUUUUAUCGUAUUUUCAAAGGACUCACGAAGACUUUUGGAUGGAAUAAUGAAGUUUGUUAUCAAAUUAAUCGAGGGAAACUACCUCCAGUAAACAGCUGCGAAGGGAUCGGAAAUCUGCAUUUUUUCUACACCUACUGUGUGUUUGGCCUAGCUGGGACAGUGCUUGGGUCCGUUUUUGUAUUGGGGACCAUUUUAAGGCAGGUUGAAACAUCUUUUUAUCAAAUUUUAUUUAGUAACACCUUUUUGGGAGGGAUAAUAUCCGCGGCGGCUUAUAUGUACAAUCAUGGUCAUGCUACCCGUGUACAAUGGACUCCACCUCUCCGAGAAUCAUUUGGAUUUCCUGUGUUCUUCUUUCAGCUGGCGCUACUCACCUUUCUCUUAAAGUAAGAAGCAUUUUCUUUUUAUUUGGAUCUUUAGAUCUAAAAACGAAGCAAAAUUGGGAUUAUUCCUCUUCGGAUUUGCUACACUCCACUUUAUCUUGUUCUGGCAGGUGGGUCAUAUCGCCUUUGAUUUAUUUAUCAUGAAUUUUAGUUCUCCGGAUUUGCUUUGUUCACACAGAUUACGUGUUUAUUUGUCACCUUCUCCUUGAAGUUGAUUGACCGAAAAUUGGUGUCGAAAUUAUGGAAUGUCUACAUCCUAGCCUUGUUUGUAUCGUAUAUUCUGCUAUUUGGCAACUCAUUAACUUUGAAUUCUCUAUUUUUCACGGGAUUAAUUGCAUUUAAAGUGAGUUUUUUGAAGUUUUUCAAUAAUGUAAUAUAAUUUUUUGGUGACUUUCGUAAAAUUUUUUGAGUGAUUUGCGAAAUUUCUGUUGAUUAUGGAUUUUUAUAGCUAAUCUCUCUGAUUGAUACCAAAAUCAAUCUUUCUGGGAUCUCUCGAGUAGUUGUAUAUACCUUAUUAUACUUGAUGUUUACUGGUGGUCUAAAGUUUGCAAUUGGGAAAUCCUUGGGCAUCCAAGAUGAUGAUCAUAUAUUUGAUAUUCUCAAGUCAAAGUUCACGGAUUUUGCGACGUUUCACACAAUGUUGUACACAUGUGCAGCCGAAUUUGAUUUCAUCCCAUUAGAAGUGAGUUUUGUAUUUUAGAAAUUAUUUUUUUUCACAUUUUAGACUCUUGUGGAGCUGAGUGAGACGUACUUGACAGUUCUUGCACUACUUGGACUUUUAUUGGUUGUUCUUUUCGUCUUCAAAAAUGUGCUCAUUAUGCAGAAAGAGGACAGUCAAGAUCAGGCUCAUGUAAGAUUUGAUAAUGAAUUGGAACAGUAAAUUUAUUACCAAUGUUAUGUAUAUGUCUAUAAAGCCAUGACAGAGAGGCUAAAAUCAUGAAAAAAGAAUUUAUUUUAAUCUUCAUUUUAGGUUGUGUUCAAUGCUGGUCAACUGGUACUAUUUAUGUUUAUGGCGUGGCUUCUAAUGCGUUUAAAAUUGUUCGCAGUACCUCAAUUAUGCGUUUUCACAUCAAUUCUCGUUAAUAGUAAUGUAAGUUUUUAAAAAAUUAUGGAAAUUUUGACUAUGGUCAUCAUGGAUAAUAUAAAUUUUAAAAAAAUUUUGAUGUUUGUUUGUGAUUUUUAGCACUGAUUUGUCUUUUUAGUUCUUCAACUCUACUCUCGGCUUUAAACUUCGAUGGAAAUCAGUCAUUUUUGUCCUUAUAAUUGCCCUGAUGACCUACAAAGGCAAGGAGAAUAUCGCGAAACAGUUGAGUGUGAAAGGAGAGUACAGCAACGAGGCUCAAGAGUAUUUAUUUAACUGGAUUGAAGAGAAUACUCAUCCCGGUAAGCGUGUUUUAUAUUAUAACUUAGUUAUUAGUAUACUUUAUAUUACUCUACUGACCUUAUUUUAGAUGACGUUUUCGCUGGCUCAAUGCCAACAAUGGCUAAUGUGGAGCUUUCUACCGGGCGCAAAGUGUUUAAUCAUCCACAUUAUGAGGAUGCAGGAUUGCGGUAGGGAUUUUAAAUUUGAUUUUUAUAUUAUUUUAGGCAUCGGGUUAAUAUUUUGCUCAUAAUUUUUCGAAUUUUAGCGAAAGAACUCUCCAAGUGUAUUUAUUCUACGGUAGAAAGAACCCAAAUGAGAUCCACAAAAACUGGAAGAAGCUGGGAAUCAAAUACUUUAUCUUCGAACCCUUCCUUUGCAGAGGUCACAAGCGACCCGAAUGCACUUAUUUAGGAAUUUUUGAUAGGGUUUUGAAAGAAGACCUUGGCAAACCAUCAAAUUGUGACCGAUUCCUACCUCUGGUCGAGUCAAACAGCGGAAUGGACGGCUUCAAACCGUUCACUUUGGUUUAUAACUCGCCUAACUAUGUUGUACUAGGCAUUUAA